AUGUUUUACUGGGGCAAACUGAACUCGGGGAAUGACUCUCCAGCUCAGGGGAGUGAUGUGUUUGAUGAAGUGUUCCGCAGAACGAGGAUCACGGAUGUGUCCAUGAAGGAGGGGCUCGCGGGGUUCCUCAGGGCCACGGACAGGAAAGUCAUCGUAGUGACGUCACACAGGCGAAUUACUUUGAAUUUGAAGGAACAAAUUGCAUCACUGAGCAGUGGACAGGACCACGUUGUGCUCGUGUCUGAGACAGGGACGGUGUGUGAAUGGAAAACUUCAGCUCAGUGCAAAAUCCCCAGGACAUUCAGCAACUUAACUAACAGACACAUUGCGCAUGUUGCCUGUGGAAACUCUCACUCAUUUGUCCUAACCAAAGAUGGUCAGUUGUUCACAUGGGGUCAGAAUUCGAGCGGUCAGCUGGGUUUGGGGAAAAGUGACGAGAUCUUUCAGUCUCCUCAGCCCCUCAAGUCUCUGUGUGGGAUCCCACUGAUUCAGAUCAGCGCUGGAGGAGACCACAGUUUUGCCCUGUCUCUCUCCGGAGCCGUGUUCGGUUGGGGCAGGAACAGUGCCGGGCAGCUGGGCCUGGGAGACACUGAUGAUAGACAUGUCCCUGUUUGUGUAAAGAGCUUGAAUUUGAAGAAAACCAUCUUCAUCUCAUGUGGAGAGGACCAUACUGCUGUUCUAACAAAGAGUGGACUGAUGCUGACAUUUGGAUCAGGUCAAUAUGGGCAGCUUGGACAUAACUCACUGAGAGAUGAACAUCAUCCGCGUGUAGUUGCUGAAUUCUGGGGAUCCAAAGUGUCCCAAAUAGCCUGUGGACGGCAUCACACUCUGGCUCUGGUUGAAUCGUCAAACACAGUCUACUCAUUCGGAUGUGGAGAGCAAGGACAGCUGGAAAAUGGGCAGAGGACCAAUCAGUAUGUGCCACUUCCUGUCCAACUGCCACCAGACUGUAACCCUGAUCAGAUGAUUAAGAAAAUUACUGCUGGAGGGAAUCUUUCUGUCCUCUUUACCUCUAUAAUGGUGAGCAGUAUAACUCUUAGAUCAUGCAAAGGGCCUGCAGUGUUGGAUAUUGAAAUGAUUGACCACUGGAUUUCAGCCUGUGACUCAAACGUAUGGAGAAAAAAGCAAAGGGAAAUCAAGAGAAUAUUCUCAUCAGCAUCAUGCAUCAGCGGGAGUUUCAUUGAGAAAAGCAAUGACAAACAUUACAAAACAUCAGUAGUGACUUCUGGUCUGGAUUUAUCAUUGACUCGUCUUGCUUUUGAGGAGCUGGCCAAAAAGAGCAAAGUUCUAUCAGUGAUAGAGACAACUGUUGAGAAGAAUCUUUUGCCCUCUCUGAGCUCAACUGCUGCUGGUGUGGAAGCUCUGAGGGUUUACCUCAUCCUGCCUGAACUCCUCCGAGUGCUGAAUAAACAAGAGCGUGGCACACAGCUGACUAUCUCUCUGGCUUCUGCCGUCUUAAAACUGGAGCCUGAGUCAAUGGAUGUCUUGACCAGCCUGUGGACCAAACUACCAUACUCCUACUACAGGACUCUGGUGAAGAUGUUUCGCUCAGUGUGUGCUCACUUCAUGUCACUGAUGACGACUAAAAUAUGUGACCACUGGACUGAAGUAAAGCCUGUGCUAGAGGUUCUGCAGAAGCUUUACAAUAUCAAUAGUCAGAGAAACGAGCGGUUGACUGAGGGUUACUUCCUUAGCAAGGAACUCCAUUACUUUUUCAACUUGGUGAAAAUUUAUCCUCUGAAGCAUCUGAUCCUUAAAAUGAAUCAGCUUGAAGACCCUUGGGAGCCUUGGCUCGUCAAUGAUGGGCAACUCGGUAUUUUAAUCAACUUUUUGAAAAGUGCACAACAACUUGCAUGUUAUCCAUUUAUCAUUGACACUGAGUGUAAAUGCAUCGUAUUCCACAUUUUACAGGUACAAAAGCCGGGGCCUCUGCAGUAUUACACAUGUGUAAACAAACUGUGUGUGAACAGAAAAACGGUGUUGACUGAUACACUUCUGUUCCUGAAAGAAAACAGACAUAAUUUUUCUCUCCCUUUAGAGGUGACAUUUUCUCUAGAGGAUGGGAUAGAUGAUGGAGGUCUGCGUCUUGCAUUAUUCACCCUGCUCGGACAGGAAAUUACAAAAGCCUCCAGUGUAAUCCAAGCAUCUGAGGACUCGGGACUCUUCUGGUUCUCUGCUGAUGUAAGUGGAAAUGGAUUUCCAGAAUUGUUUUACAUUGGCAUCAUCUGUGGAUUGGCCUUUUACAAUCAUGCAUUUCUGAACAUCGGGUUCCCAGUGGCACUGUUCAAGAAGCUGCUGAACCGCAGUCCAACUUUCAGUGACCUGGAGGAGCUGUCACCAGUGGAGGCCAGAAGUCUAAAAGAUGUACUGAUGGAAGAUGAGGACGUUUUGGAGAUGCUCUAUUUGGAUUUCACAGUGAAAGGGAAAGAGCUCAUUCCAAAUGGAGCAGAAAUCCCAGUCACAAAAGCCAACAGGCAGAAAUAUGUGGACUUGUACGUUGACUUUGUUUUUAACAAGUCUGUAAAGAAGCAGUUUAAGAAGUUUGAGGAAGGUUUUUCCCGUGCAAACCCCUUUAAUUUAUGGAAGAUGUUCAAGCCUGAAGAGCUCAGAGUCUUACUCUAUGGCACGUUGAAAUAUGAGUGGGAGGAGCUCCAGAAGGGAGUCACAUAUGAACUCUGUGGACCCUCAUGUGAACUCAUCCAGAACUUCUGGACUGUUUUCUUCGAGCUGAAUGAAGAAGAAAAGAAGUUGUUUCUAACUUUCGUCUAUGGGACAGACUGCUUGCCUAUAGGAGGACUCUCUAAACUGCAGCUGAAAAUUGUGAGAUGCAACUAUAAUGAUGCAGAUGACCGUUUCCCCUCGGCCCAGACUUGUUACGGCAUUUUACGUCUUCCGAACUACAGCAGCAUCCACAUACUUAAAGACAAACUCAUUCAUGCCAUCACUCAUUGUGAAGUUUUUGGACAAAUGUAAAAGUAUCUUUUGCUGGGUCAGGUUUUAAAGAGACAAAUGAUCAUAUUCAUAUAUUAUGAUUAAAACAGUCUAUAAACUUGGGCGGGUGAUUGGCAGCCUACAAAGUUGAGAGGGCUUUAGUAUGUGUUAUAGUAUGUUUGUGUUGAUUUACUUCAUGGGUCAAGUUUGUUUACAUCCUGUUUCUU